AUGCUGUUUUUUGCGCAUUGCGACACAAUUUUAUAUUGCUGCGACCAUACUACCGUCCACGAGGCAAUUCACAAUUGGCGCAAUACCCUGCCCCAUCGCAAAGCCAUUGGGUGGUCUAUUGCCGGACAUCCAGACGCAGCCCUUCAGAUAAACAUCACACCCGACGCCAACGCCAAAGGCUGCCAUGCAGAUGCCACCUGGAAAGCGCCUACACCCCACGCACAAGACAUGCACUUCAAGUUUAUGCUGCCUUUUAGCGAUGCUGCCUCCAUUACCAACGCGCUGCACUGUGUAUGUCAGCUUUUGCACAUGGGCUACACCGGAAUAGCCAUCAAAAAAAGUCUCAAGCGCAUCAGUACCGUAACGAUGCGACUCGAACUAAAAUCUGGCAUCAACAAUUGCAUUGUCAUCAACGAUAGCUACAACAAUGACCUCCAUGCGCUUCGCCUAGCUAUGGACUAUGCCACCACCCAAGCCGGUAGCAACCGCACCAAAACCUUGCUCCUCUCCGAUGUACUGCAAAGCGGUGAAACAGACCAGCAAAUCUAUAAAAAAAUAGCACAAUGGCUCACCGAAAGCCAAUUCACACGCCUGAUAGCCGUGGGCAUCGCCAUAAAACACAUAGAGCAGUACCUCCCCAAAGGUUUCCAAUAUGCGUACUACCCUACUACCCACUUGUUAUUGGAGCGAUUCAACCAACUCGAUUUCCACAACGAAUGCAUACUCAUAAAAGGUGCCCGCGCCUUCCAGCUUGAGCGCAUAGCCCAGCGCCUCCAACAAAAACUCCACAAAACCGUACUCGAAGUCAAUCUAUCCGCACUCACACACAACCUCAAAACCUAUCUCCAAUUGCUACGACCCGAAACCUCCCUGCUUGUCAUGGUGAAAGCCUCCGCUUAUGGCAGCGGCUCGGUGCAAGUAGCCAAGGUGCUCGAGCAAAAUAAUGUACAAUACCUCGGUGUUGCCUACGCCGACGAAGGUGUAGAACUCCGUCAAGCAGGCAUAAAACUGCCCAUUCUCGUGCUCAACCCCGAAGUGGGCGCCUUCGAAAGCAUGCUUCGACACCAGCUCGAACCCGAAAUAUACAGCCUGUCGCUUUUACACGAACUGGUAGCAUACACCGGAAAACACAAAAAACUCUCCAUCCACCUCAAGCUCGAUACCGGUAUGCACCGCCUCGGAUUCAUAUCGGAGCACCUCGAUGAAUUGUGCGGAAUACUAGAAAAACACCCGAAUCUUCAAGUAAAAAGCAUAUUUUCGCACCUUUCUAGCAGCGGAAACCCUCAAUUUGAUGCCUUUACCCACCAGCAAGCACAUACCUUUACGCAACUGGCGCAGCGCAUAAGCGAUAGGCUCGCAAACCAACCCAUGCGACAUAUCGCCAACACCGGCGGCAUCGUCCGCUUCCCCGAAUACCACUUCGAAAUGGUACGCCUAGGCAUCGGGCUGUAUGGUGCCGACGGAGGCAGUCUCCAACCGCAAUUGCAAGUAGUCAACACCCUCAAAGCCACCAUCAGUCAGAUAAAAACCGUGCAUGCCGGCGAAACCGUAGGCUACAACCGCAUGGGACAAAUACAAAAAGAGACCAAAAUAGCCACCAUCAGCAUCGGUUACGCCGAUGGAUUGCUACGAGCAGCCGGCAAUGGACGGUACAGCGUGCUGCUCCACCAAACCCUCGCCCCCAUCGUAGGAAAUGUGUGCAUGGAUAUGACCAUGAUAGAUGUUUCACACAUCCCACAAGCCCGCGAAGGCGAUGAGGUCAUCAUAUUUGGCACCCACCCCACCGUAGAAGACCUUGCAAAAGCCCUCCAAACUAUUCCCUACGAGGUGUUCACCAAUAUUUCGGAGCGGGUAAAGAAGGUGUAUUGGAGCGAAUAG